GCUUUUUUCCCAUUUCAGAGUUCAAAUUCUUCCAAUGGUGAAUCUCUCCAUGCAGGUCUAAAUUCUCUCUUUUCAAUUACAGGAGCAGGUCCGAAUUCUCUCUUUUCAAUUACAAGAGCUCGUCCAAAUUCAAUUACAGGAGCUCAUUCAUCAGUGUUUGCUCCUUAUCCAGUAACAUGUAAUCCGAAAUUCAACUCAAGCCUCAUCAUCCUUCUACAGCAAUAUAAAACAAAAACUAUAUGUAUCUCCUCGCCCCUGCACCAGCCUGCGCCCUUGCUCCCUGCUCUGCGCCCGACGUGCCUCCUGCGCCCAAAUCCCACGCAAUCAUCACUCCUGCACCUGCUCUGCACCGAAUCUGCAUCAAUCUCCAGCUCUGCACUGCGCCAGCCUUCCUCUGCACCAAAUCCCCUUGCCGCCUGCAAUCACGCCCCUGUUGCUCGCACGCCCCCUGCUGCUACAGCCGACUCCGCCUCCCUUUUCUUCUGCAACAAAAUCUCUCUGCGCCAACAAAAUAUCUCUGCGCCGACUUUCUUCUGCAACCAGAUCCUGCAGCCGCAAAGAUAGAUCUUGCGCCCCACGUGCAGCCAACUGAGCGUGAUGGUAGACCAGCAUCCUUUAGGGUUUCUGUUGAUCUUUGUAUAAAUAGGAGAAGAUUGUUGAGUUACAGGGGGUUUUCGAUUUUCUCCUUCUGGGUUUCCUCUUCUUUUGUCAAAAAAAAAAAAGAGAAGCAGAAGACAGAAAUCCGAAAGAGGGAGAAGGUUUUGGGUUGUGUGGUUUUAGUGUUGCCGUCGUCGGAGUAUUUUGUUUUCUGGUGUUGCCGGCGGAGAAAAGGGAAAGUUUUCCGUUGAAAGGGGCUCGAUUUUCGUACCGGAGGUUGACGGAGGGCUUGUUCGCUGUGUCUGCUUCUGUCUAUUUAGGUAAACCUUUGAACAGAGGAGUCUUUUCGGGGAGGCAGUGAGGGGAAUGAUCUGGGCUUGAUCCCGUGGGUGGGAUCCGCCAGAUCGGACUCCGAUCUGUUACCCAGAAAAGCCCCGCCGUGUUUGUUUCUUUUGUCCUCCUGUUUCUGUGAUCUGCUUUUAUGAUAUUUAUGUUUGUAAGUGUUUACUGAAAAUCAAUGAAAGAUAAAAAAAAUGUUUCAGUUUAUUUUGUGUGAUGAUUGUGUUUCCCUUUUUUUCUGUUAAUGAAUGUUUCAUUUUAUU